GCCCGGAAUAUCCUGCCUCCAGCUCCCGCUCCUCGACACUCGCUGAACCGGAAGCAGUUGUGUCGGCAACAUGGCGGCGCUGAGGGCCCUGGGAAGCGCCGGAAAGAAUUUCAGUUUUGCCCUGAAUGUUGUCUGCUCGAGAACUCUGGCAACUAGCUCCUUACUGAGCUCCUCAUCGCAGACCCAGUUCUAUUCUCCAGCUGCAGAGAGACCUGAUGGCGAUUUCAAGGUGACGAUGAUUCCCGGGGAUGGUGUUGGUCCCGAGUUAAUGCACGUUGUCAAAGAGGUGUUUAAGGCUGCAGAUGUGCCAGUUCAGUUUGACGAGCAUCAUGUGAGUGAAGUUCAGAACAUGGCCUCAGAGGAGAAACUGGACGAAGUCCUUAACUCCAUGAAAUCGAACAGAGUUGCAAUUAAAGGGAAGAUCUACACUCCGAUGGAAUACAAGGGCGAAUUGUCAUCCUACGAGAUGAAGCUGAGAAAGAAACUCGACUUGUUUGCCAACGUGGUCCAUGUUAACAGCUUACCAGGUUAUUCAACACGCCACAACAACUUAGACCUGGUGAUCAUCCGCGAGCAGACGGAGGGAGAGUACAGCUCACUGGAAUAUGAGAGCGCUCAAGGGGUCAUUGAGUGUCUGAAGAUCAUCACCCGGGAGAAAUCCCGCCGGAUUGCCAAAUUUGCCUUUGAUUAUGCCACAAAGAAGGGUCGCUCAAAGGUCACAGCUGUGCACAAGGCCAACAUUAUGAAGCUGGGGGAUGGCCUCUUCCUGCAGUGCUGUAAGGAAAUGGCUGAACUCUAUCCCAAGAUCAAAUACGAGUCUGUGAUUAUCGACAACUGCUGCAUGCAGCUCGUGUCCAAUCCAUAUCAGUAUGAUGUUCUGGUAAUGCCGAAUCUCUACGGAAACAUCAUCGACAACUUGGCAGCUGGUCUGGUCGGAGGAGCUGGGGUGGUCCCAGGAGAGAGCUUCAGUGCUGAGUAUGCAGUCUUUGAAACGGGAGCUCGACACCCGUUCUCACAGGCGAUGGGCAGGAACAUUGCUAACCCCACUGCCAUGUUACUGAGCUCUGCCAAUAUGCUGAGGCACCUGAACCUAGAAUUUCACUCCAACCUGAUCUCUGAAGCUGUGAGGAAAGUCAUCAAACUAGGCAAGGUUCGAACUCCUGAUAUGGGUGGAUAUUCAACCUCAGCAGAGUUCACUGCAGCUGUCAUCACUAACCUCAAUGCAUAAAGCACUUGCUGAUUUGGUCAGAGAAUCUCCCGAAAGCUGGCAAUAAGCAGCCAGUCACAUCUUCAAGUCCAGCCCACCAGCCUGUACUAUGUCAAUAAAAGCACAAGGACCCACUGUCACUGUUCUUAAUAUUGUCAAACAAUGUGUUGGAGUACAGAGAGGAGAAAGCCUUAACUGUAAACAGAGUUGAAAUCCUUCCACCUUAAUUGGAUCUAGAUGAAUUAUUUCAUAAUUCUUUCAUAUUUAUACCUGAAACAUUUUCAGCUGCACCCUGUACCAUUACAAUAAGCUGUUACUGAGGAAAACAUUUAGUGUACCAAACAGAAAUAAUGCCAUUUACAAUCACUAUCUGUCCACUUCUUCAAUCACACAACUGAAACCGUAAAGAGGACUGAGAUUCACGAUUUGGGAAGGCAUUGAGAAAACAGAAAGCGAUGGCUGGGUAAGCCACGUGUGUAAUGACAGCCAGGAAGGGAAAACGUAUAGACAAAACUGUCUAAACACCACUGAGGGAUCUUAGGCUAACAGGGAAAUCUCAGGAGAGAGACACACAGACAGUGUUUAUAAAAACAACGUAUAUUAAAAGGCACAAAGUAAUAACUUGGAAUUUGAGUUUUAAAAUAGAGGUAGAUUUAUUGUAGUUAACUCUACAAAGGUAAAGGGGAUUUGAAAUGGUGAUCUCAGUCCAGUGUUGACAGGGUAACAAUAUCUAGAGGGUCUAAACAGAUAGGAAUAUUUUACUGCUUAAUUUGCAAACAGACCAGAGGCAAUUAGUUUAUGUUUUGACUUCAGUUCAAAAGGGAGAAUAAUUUUCUUCAAGCAGGUAAAUUAAGUUCUUCAGUUCAGAGUAACUAGUCACCCUAGCUGAAGCAGUUUUAGCUUUGAAGCUUCCAAGCUGAACAGACUGGAAGUUUGAAGAACUGAAAAUGUUCAGGUCAUCAGAAUUAUGAAAAAUUGACACCAGAGCUCAAACAGAACUGUAAAAUUGUCAAGAGUACUGUAGAAGAUCAGAGGGUAAAAAUCUGUUUUGCUGUCUGUAUUAACAUGCACUAAAAACCAUGAUCUUGUAUAGCCUUGCUCUUUCUUGUGAUAAACUUGUGUUCUGCUAAAGAAUAUAUGUAACCUUGUGUAAAUGUUUCAGUGACUAACCACAUUAACUAACUGCAAAUAAACCAAUCAUACCCAGUUUUCAUUUGGGAAAAUAGCUUGUCCUGUCUUACCUUGAAUUACAAUAAA